UGGCGACGAUUUGCGUCUUUUUUGGUUCGUUUUUCGUCCUUGCUUUACCCCUCUCCUUUGCCUACCUCUACCUACCAACGACGUAACAGAACGUACUCCUACUGUCCUACUAUGUCGCAACGCAAAAAGGUCUUAGGAAUCGGUUCGCCUCGCUUUGCCACUGAAGAAUUUGCUGCUCUCAAAGAAGUAGCCGAUGUUCAUUGGUUCGUACCCGAUGACCAUCCCCAGGUGAUCCGCGAGGUAAAGAGACUAUGUGAAGAACACGGUCCAUUCGAUGCGAGUUAUGUUUUAUUUGGGACAGCGAAGUAUGGCCCCUUCACUGUAGAGAUGCUACGACCGCUCUUUCCUGGAUGUGGAUUGUUCGCGUCUGGCGGGGCAGGGUACGAUGACAUCCCUACAGAGUUCUUGGCGGAGAACGGUGCCUAUGCUGCUAACACCCCCACCGCGGUAACUAAUGCAACCGCCGACAUGGCUCUCUUCCUCACCCUCGCCGUCCUACGGGAUACCUCUCAAGUCGAAGCCAACUGUCGAGCCGGCAAGUGGCGCGACAAUUUAGAACUGAACGAAGAUCCUUAUGGGAAGACGUUUGGGAUAUUUGGCAUGGGCAAGAUCGCGAAGGCUACCACGAAGAAGGUCCAGGGCACUGGGAUGAAGGUCAUCUAUCACAGCCGGACGAAGUUGAGCGAUGAAGAGGAGAAGGCCCUGGAUGUCUCUUACGUUACUGAAGACGAGCUCCUCGCCUCUUCCGAUGUUCUCAGCUUGCAUUGUCCACUCACGCCUGAUACGAGACAGUGGUUGAACACGGAGCGUAUAGAAAAAUUGAAACAUGGCGCUUUCUUUGUUAAUACCUCUCGUGGUGCUAUUGUGGAUGAAACCGCACUUAUUAAAGCUCUUGAGAGUGGUAAAAUCAAACGUGCAGGCCUUGACGUGUUCGUCGGCGAGCCUAAACCCAAUUCAUGGUUCCUUCAGUCUAAUAAAGUUACCAUCCAACCACAUUGGGGUGCAUUUACCACGGGAACGAUAUAUGUUGGUGAAUGCCAAGUCCUGGAUAACGUACGGACAUUCCUUGAAACUGGCCGACCUAGGUAUCCUGUGAAUAAGCCCAAGGGAAAAGAGGCAUAGAUAUGUAGGAAUAAAUUCGAAUAUAGAGAUGAAAUAGUAUAGCGGCCGUGAAGACGAAUGUUUUUCUUGAACUUAUCCCAGUUUUAAGUACCUACCUUCGUACUUGCGCGAGACAUGAACGUUUUCC